AUGGCAAAUAUUGAGAUAGAUAAGAUAAUUAAUUCUUUAACGCUCGAGGAGAAGAUCUCACUCCUUGCUGGUAAAAGCUUCUCAGAAACAGUUGGGAUUCCUCACAAGGGUAUCCCCUCAAUCAAGACCGCGGACGGGCCAAAUGGAAUUCGCUCAGCGGCGACAGACCUGGAUAUCAAGUCAGCAUGUUUCCCAGCAGCAUGCAACCUCGCAGCCACUUUUGACGUUGAUCUUGCCGAGCAAUUCGGCCGCGCUCUCGGCGUAGAAGCACGAGUCUGCAUGCACCGCCAUCCACUCGGCGGUCGCAACUUUGAGAGUUAUAGCGAGGACCCAUUCCUGACAGGGAAAAUGUCCUCCAAAGUGAUCCAGGGUUUGCAAAGUCUGGGUGUGUCGGCGACAAUAAAACAUUUCGUUGCGAAUGAGCAGGAGACUGCCAGGACAACAGUCGAUGAGGCCAUCGAUGAGCGCACGUUACGGGAGAUUUAUCUACGACCUUUUGAGAUUGCCGUCAAGGAAGCAAAUCCUUGGGCUGUCAUGACUGCUUAUAAUCACAUUAAUGGAGUCCAUUGUGAUGAGCAUAAAUGGCUUCUUGAGGGUGUGCUUCGUGGUGAAUGGGGGUGGAAAGGCCUUGUUAUGAGUGACUGGGGUGGCACCAAUUCAGUCGCUGCGGCUCUCAAUGCUGGGCUCGACCUGGAGAUGCCGGGUCCUCCGCGUCUCCGUAAGGAAGACGCUGUGAAGCAGGCACUUCAAACUGGAGAACUAUCCGAAGACACCAUCAAUCAACGAGUCAGGACUCUCAUUGAGUGGGCGACGAAGCUCAAAGCUCUUGAAGCUGAGUCUCAAAGUGUUGUUCUUGGUCAGGAUACAAACACUCCCGAGCUACGGAAAAUGAUACGUGAAGCCGGUGCUCGAGGAAUUGUACUUCUCAAAAAUGAUCAAGGUAUCCUUCCUCUCAGCAAACAAAAGGUGCAGAAAAAGAGAGUUGCUUUGAUUGGGUUUGCCAAAGACGCCAUGGCCCACGGCGGCGGUAGCGCUUCUGUCAAUGCAUAUCGCAAGGUUACGCCUUGGCAAGGCCUUCAUGAGGCCCUAGGUGAUGAUGUCAAAUUCACCUUUGCCAAGGGUGCUCACAAAGAACGUCUCCUUCCUGCGAUUCAACCGACAGGAUCAGCUGGCACAGUCGUCGGCCUUGAUGGGAAGCCUGGAUUCAGCAGACAGCUGUUCAAGGAGGGUGAGGACUCUCCAGUGUCGACCAUUGGGCAGCCAACCUCUGCGUACUCACCCUUGGGUUCUCAAGAGUCUUUAUGGCGGCGACUGGAGAUAGUCGGAGACUUUACUCCAUCAGAGACGGGCAGCCAUUACAUUGCAUGCUCUGGACUAGGCCCCACCAGGGUUUAUGUUGACGGCGAGAUCAUCUAUGAACAGACGGCUAACUGCACGGAUCCUAUGGGCUCUCUCUUCCUCGCUGCACCCGAGCCUGAGUUCCGUCACAACUUUGAAGCAGGCAAGAAAUAUCGUCUGCGUAUCUGCAGUGACCCCCCAACCAAAAUCGGUUUAACAAUUCUCGAGGGACGAAGUGGCGUCCGUGUCGGUUUCUCGCUUGAAUCAGACCAUGACGCAGAUCUUGUCGGUGAAGCAGCUCAAGUCGCCAAGGACGCGGAUUACGCCAUCGUAUUCACGGGACAUGACCCCCAGUGGGAAACUGAGGGUCGCGACCAAGAUUCUUUCAAUCUGCCGCGCAAAGGAACUCAAGAUGAUCUCGUGACAACAGUGGCGUCUGUCAAUCCUAAUACGAUUGUCGUCAACUCUACUGGCGUUGCCAUUGCUAUGCCUUGGUUGGAAAACGUCCCUGCCGUAGUACAGGCUUGGUUCCCAGGCCAAGAGUGCGGAUACUCCAUCGCCGAUGUCCUCACAGGUGCUGUCAACCCUGAAGGUCGUUUACCCGUCAGCUUUCCUAAACACAUUGAGGAUUGCCCAGCACACGGGAAUUUCCCAGGUGAAUAUGUUGAUGGGAAGCUCAAGGUGAAGUAUGAGGAGGGCAUCUUUAUCGGAUACCGUCACUUUGACAGGAUCGCAAAGGACAAAGUCAAUUUUCCCUUUGGUCAUGGCCUUUCAUACACAUCCUUUGGCUAUGAGCUCAGCGAUAUUGCCAGGGAAGGUAAUGGCUGGUCUAUCGUUACUCAAGUCUCCAACACGGGGCAACAAGCUGGAGGCGCAUUAGUACAAGUCUAUGUUGGGCGAGCUGAGCAAUCUUCGGAACAUCCUGUAAAGACUCUUUCGGCCUUCCAAAAGGUGCGACUGCAGCCUGGUGAGACAAAAGAAGUUAAGCUUAAAGUAGCAGAACGGGAUUUGGCCUACUUUGAUACUGGUAAGGGGAAGUGGGUAGUUGACGAGGGCGAGUAUCAAUUUUCUCUGGGUUCAUCAUCUGCAGAGAUUGUCGGUCAGAAAGUGGUUAGGGUUGAAGGAGCUUCUUUCGACCCAUAG